UCUGUUAGUACACACCACGCAUGCGCAUUUACAAGUCGACUUCAAAAAUGUUGAUGUGGCUUCUCUGAUGAGAAGUUUUGAGUUUCCCCUACAAGUUUAAGAACAAACUAUCACCAUGAAACUUUGUAUUCUAGCUUUAAUGUUUGCCUGCGGGUUUGUCACGGCACAGGACGACGAGAGACUGCCGAAUAAGUGUGAAGUGUGUAAGUUCCUGACGGUGGAGUUGCAGGAUGCUCUGGAGAAAAGUGGUCGCUCCAAAGAAGUGCUGGAGAUGGGACAGGUGCUGGAUUCAGGCAAAAGGAGAAGAAAGAUCAAAUAUAACACCUCGGAAACUCGGCUUACAGAGGCGAUAGACAACAUUUGUGAACGCAUCCUGCAGUAUAAUGUUCAUGCAGAGAGGCCAGGCAGCCUCCGAUAUGCCAAGGGCACCAGUCAGACCAUGUCGACUCUGAAGAAUCUGGUCCAAAAAGGGGUGAAAGUGGACUUGGGUAUGCCGUUUGAGCUGUGGGAUGAGCCCUCAGUUGAAGUGUCAGACAUGAAAAAACAGUGUGAGACGAUGCUGGAGGAGUAUGAGGAGGUUGUGGAGGACUGGUACUUCAAUCAUCAGGACCAGAGGCUGGAGAACUUCCUCUGUCAGGAACACGUGCUCGAGGCAUCAGAGCAAGAAUGUAUUAAAGAAGAGUGGAAAGGAGACAUGGGGAACAAAGGAUCGGUCAAGGUGGAAGCAAAAGAGGAAGAGGGGAAAACGCAUGACGCUGGGGAGCUUUAAGGAACACCUUUUCAUAAGCAGACGACCAGAAGACAAUCAAAUAACCUCAGUUCAGGCUUUUAGCUGAACAUGAUAUAUUUUUAAGUGACACUUUAUCUGCUGCCAAACCCUGGUUCUUAAGUUUACAUCAGGAUUUAGAACAUGUUUUAAUUUCUCCUGUUCUUUUUAUAUGAAUGUUGAACUGUUACAUCUUUUUAAACACUAUUUGGAUUAUGGCCCUAUGUCUUUGUGGUAUUUGAGACCUUUACAGCGUUAUAAUCUGUGUAAAUGGAACAGCUGUUACGUCUCUCAGCAUUAUAUGGUACAUAUCAGUAUUUUUACCCUUACCUGCAGCCUUUAAAUGCAGUAUGUACAGUUUUCUCAUUGUGAAUAAAAUACUUUUUUAACUUUG